GAAAUGUCAAAACUGACGGCAGCCUACAACAAAACCCGCGAGUGCGUGGUCACUCGCUCUAAAAUCAUGAUGGGCUACCCGGAAGCUCGCUACCCAACCAUCCCGAAGAUCCUCAAGAAGACGGCGGACUUCCAGAAGCUUGAAGGUUCUAAGGAUCGAAUUGCGUUCACCCUCUCCCAGGAACCAAUUGCCGAUAAGAAAUGCACCGAAAUGAUCAAAAAUGUUCUUCUAGAACAAUUCCAAGACACCGAUAUCCCCGCCAACUACAUCGCCGUGUCAAUGGCUUUGCCAAACUUCAAGAUCGGCCAAAACUGUCAUGACUUCCAGCCUCUGGACUGGUACAAGAACAUCAAGGGGUACUUCACAUAUAAAAAGAUCACCGAACAAGUCCAAGCCGCCUACUUCAACGAUGAAGCGGGGAAUCAGUUCCUCGCCGGCGUCUGCUACUACGCGACUCCCGCCGGCAAGUGGGUCGCCAAACUUCAAACCGAGCAAACUCUACUGCGAUUUGAGUUCCAGAAAGCCGAACCGUUCCCCUUGAACAGUAAAAGUCGUUUCGACACGAAGGCGUUCAAGAAAUUCGCGAGAUACGGGAGAUAUUGUGAGACGGAAGGCUGUCGAGUUUUAGUUUGGGUAGGAAAAGCCGAUGGUCAGAUUGUGCAUCUGAACUAUCAUCCUGUGUACUGCAUGCAAUGGACUAAAGGAUGUGCUGAGUGCGCCAAGGAUCACUUUGAGUACAUGUGGAUUGCUCCAGAAGAGCCCGUUGUACAAAAGAGCAAGGAAGAAGAUUAUAUCUUAAAAGCUCCCGAGGACAAGGAUCUCAGCGAUUUCGACCAACUAAGUGACGUUCUCAACGUGGAUGCGAUCUCAUUGCACUGACUUCUGUAUUUCUUGUACUUUUGCGUUCUCAUUAAAUGGGCUUUAUUGAAAAUGAAUAUACAUAUUUAUU